AUGACAAUAAAUCCAAUUGAACAAUUUAAAAAAACUUUAUAUUCAAAUUCAAAUCAAUCUACUAAAAUAUCAUCAAGAAUUGAUAUUCUUGAAUCAUCAAGAUAUAUUGAUAUACCUUUUUAUUUAACAAAUAAUCGGUCAUUUGAAUUUGGUAAACAUUUCACUAUAUUAUCAACAAGAGAUUGGCAAACAAAUGAAUUAAUUGAAUUGAUUUCACAAAAUAUUAACAAUGAUAGUAGAUCCACAAACAUUACAGCUUUAAGACCAACUCAAAAUUAUAUAUCAACAUCUGAAAUUGAUGGUAUUGAACAAAUUUCAAUUUUUUCACAUUGGUAUGAUGUAACAAAUUUUUUAAUAACUAGUCAAUUAUUAAAUAAACGUUUAAUUAAAGAUUUCAAUUCUGUUAAUUAUUGUGGUAAAUGUUUUGAUCAAGUUGAAGAAAAUUUAGAAUAUAAUGUUAAAGAAAUGUUAAAUAAUAGUUUAACAAUUAUUGGAAAUGAAAAAAUUAACAAAAUUAUGAAAAUUAAUGGUAAAUUAAAUCCUCAAUUUGAAAUGGAAUUGAAAUAUUUUAAAUUGAAGAAUUCAAAUGAUUGUGUUUUAAUCUUAAAAAAUAAUGAAUUGGAAUUGGAAAAAAUUGUGGAAAUUUUGAGAUAUAAUAAUAACAAUACCAAUUAUAAUAAAUUCAACUUCUUUCAUACCCAACAAAUUCAUCAAUAUUGUUUUAAAUUAUUUGUUGGUGAUUUGAUUUAUAUGAAUUAUAAGAAAAAUUUGGAAAAUCAAAUUAAAUUAAAAAAACAAUAUCAUCAUAUUAUUAAACAAAAGUAUAAUGAGCCAACGGAUGUUUUAAAUUCAGGUGAAACAAAAUUUUCUGGGAUUAAUAAACAAUAUAAUGAAAUUAAUGAAUAUAAAAAUACUAAAUCAUUGAAACCAUUGGAGAAAACAUUUACUGGAUUAAAUUAUCAAAUUCAUGAUAGUAUUUAUAAAUCUGAAGGAUUUAUAACAAUUUCAACAAGGAAACCAACAAUCAAAGAACUUGAAAAACUUUAUACCAAAAUUCAAAAUCCUAUUCCAAUUUUAAAGUAUAAUUUCCUUAUUGACAAUAUUCCAAUUACUCAUUCAUUAUUAAAAUUAAAUGAUGAUGUAAACCAAGCAAAUAAUGCUAUUUUCGAAAUUUUAGCACAAUGUUUGAAAUAUGAGAUAAUUCAAGGUUGUGAAUCAUGUUUAUAUCCAUUGAAUAAUUCUAAAACUGAUAAUGAAUUGAAGCAAGAAUGUUUAAAUUAUUUGCAAAACUAUCAAUAUUUAAAUAAUUCUGUCAUGCAUUUAAAUAUUAAAAAUUCCAUAUAUUUGAUGAAACCAAUAUUGAUGGAAUUUAUGAUGACUUUGAUCAAACAAGAUAAAAUUAAACAACACGUUGAAAAUUUUGAUUUAUAUGAAUUCAAAUUGAAUAAUGAGUUACCGAUUGAUGCAAAUAAUAUUUCAGAUGAUGAAUCUAUUGAUGGACCAAAACCAAUUGAUCUUUUGAUUGUUUUAAUUCCAGCUAAAGCAAAGACAAGCCCAACAGAAGCUUUAGAUAUUUUGCAAGUAACUAAUGAUGAAUUUGAAGAUAUAGAAAAUUGUGAAUCAUAUAUCAAAUCACAAAGAUUAAUGAAGCAUGAAUGGGUACAUCAAUAUAGUGAAGUGCAAUCUCAUAGCUCAAAGUUAUGA